AGGAGAGCGUUUCAGAACCGCCUGGCAGAGCAGCCAGAAGCUCAGGGCCAGGGCAGAAGGAAAACUCAGGGAGCAUGUUCUGAAUUAAGACACUCUCAAGAAAAUCCUUUCUAUUAUCCCUGAACUGUACCCUUGUUUCAGAGCCUAACAGGGUCUUCUGAUUUGCUGCUUGCUCCUCCCACGGAGUGCCUCUCCUGGAGGCUGGGGUGAGAGGUGAGGAGGAUGGCCACGGAGAUCCGUUCUCGGGGCGAACAGCGUACCAUCGGGCGCGAGGAGUACAGCCUGUACAGCAGCCUGAGUGAGGAUGAGCUGGUCCAGAUGGCCAUUGAGCAGAGCCUGGCUGACAAGACUCGGGGCCCUACCACUGCUGAGCCCACUGUGUCCACGCGUGUCAACCGCCAACCUGCCCAUUUCUACCCAUGGACCAGGUCCACUGUGCCUCCUGAGAGCCCGCCGGCCUCGGCUCCCAUGGGCCUGUUCCAAGAGGUCAUGAAGAAAUACAGCCGCAGCCAGAACGCCCAGCUGGCGCCCAUGGACCCUGUGCUAAAGGCCAUCAAGGAAGGUGAUGAAGAGGCCUUGAAGGCAAUGAUCAAGGAGGGGAAGAACCUCGCAGAGCCCAACAAGGAGGGCUGGCUGCCACUGCACGAGGCCGCCUACUACGGCCAGCUGAGCUGCCUGAAGGCCCUGCAGCAAGCGUACCCGGCAACCAUCGACCAGCGCACCCUGCAGGAGGAAACGGCCCUUUACCUGGCGACGUGCAGAGGACACCUGGACUGCCUCCAAUCACUGCUCCAGGCCGGGGCUGAGCCCGACAUCUCCAACAAGUCCCGAGAGACACCACUCUACAAAGCCUGUGAGCGCAAGAACGUGGAUGCCGUGAGGAUUCUGGUGCAGUACAACGCGGACACCAACCACCGCUGCAACCGAGGCUGGACGGCGCUGCACGAGUCUGUUUCUCGCAACGACCUGCCGGUCAUGGAGAUCCUGGUGGGUGGAGGCGCCAAGGUGGAGUCCAAGAACGCCUACGGCAUCACCCCCUUGUUCGUGGCUGCCCAGAGCGGGCAGCUGGAGGCCCUGAGGUUCCUGGCCAAGCACGGCGCUGACAUCAACACGCAGGCCAGUGACAAUGCGUCCGCCCUCUACGAGGCCUGUAAGAACGAGCACGAGGAGGUGGUGGAGUUCCUGCUGUCGCAGGGCGCCGACGCCAACAAGGCCAACAAGGACGGCAUGCUCCCGCUGCACAUUGCCUCCAAGAAGGGCAACUACAGGAUCGUGCAGAUGCUGCUGCCGGUGACCAGCCGCACGCGCCUGCGCAGGAGCGGCAUCAGCCCGCUGCACCUGGCGGCCGAGCGCAACCACGACGCGGUGCUCGAGGCGCUGCUGGGCGCGCGCUUCGACGUGAACGCGCCGCUGGCGCCCGAGCGCGCGCGCCUCUACGAGGACCGCCGCAGCUCGGCGCUCUACUUCGCCGUGGCCAACAACAACGUGUACGCCACCGAGCUGCUGCUGCUGGCCGGCGCCGACCCCAACCGCGACGUCAUCAGCCCCCUGCUCGUGGCCAUCCGCCAAGGCUGCAUGCGCACCAUGCAGCUGCUGCUGGACCACGGCGCCAACAUCGACGCCUACAUCGCCACGCACCCCACCGCCUUCCCCGCCACCAUCAUGUUCGCCAUGAAGUACCUGUCGGUGCUCAAGUUCCUCAUGGACCUCGGCUGCGACGGCGAGCCCUGCUUCUCGUGCCUGUACGGCAACGGCCCGCACCCGCCCGCCCCGCCGCCCUCCAACAGGUUCAACGACGCGCCCGCCACCGACAAGGCGCCCGGCGUGGUCCAGUUCUGUGAGUUCGUGUCUGCCCCAGAGGUGAGCCGCUGGGCGGGGCCCAUCAUCGACGUCCUCCUGGACUACGUGGGCAACGUGCAGCUCUGCUCGCGGCUGAAGGAGCACAUUGACAGCUACGAGGACUGGGCCGUGAUCAAGGAGAAAGCAGAACUUCCCAGACCUCUGGCUCACCUUUGCCGGCUGCAAGUUCGAAAGGCCAUUGGGAAAUAUCGUAUAAAACUCCUGGACACAUUGCCGCUCCCAGGCAGGCUGAUUAGGUACCUCAAAUACGAGAACACCCAGUAACCGCUGCAGAAGGAUGCCUCCUCACACUGUUUUGCUGAGUCUCAGGACAGUGGUGUCCCCAAAUCUAAGCGGAGCUGGUGACAGACGAGGCUGUGGGCCGCCUCCCUCUCAGCUGGGGCAGCCGCCCUGACCUCGCCGGGUCUCUGGGGCGGAGCUUUGCCCAGAGCAGAGGACGGAAUGUGUCAAGUAGGAGAAAAACGUGCUUGUUUUCAAACUGUUGAGUAGAUCCAGACCUUCUCUGCCAUCGGGCUUGGCAGAAGCCUCCAUUCCUGGGGCAGGAGAGGGGGCAGGGCAGGACUCGGGGUGGGCUCGAGAGGGCAGGGGCCCGCGGAGGAGCUUCGGCCGGAGAACUUUUGGGGAGGUCUGCCUUUCCUGGACUGCCUCGCCGCAGAGCUGCCCCGCGCCCCUCGCCCUGUGCUCUGUGACUGCUGAGCCUUCUCCCGAAGGUGUGGCCGGGUGGGGCGUGGGGAGACCCUCGGUCCCAGAGGGCUUCCUUCCGUACAAUAAAUGUUGCACAGAUGA